AUUUUAUCGUUAUCGUUUUCUUUGACAUUCGGGAUAGCAAUCGAUUUCUUUGAACAAUCGGGAUAGCGGUGCCCGGAAAUACGACAAACAAAUAUCUAUCCCUAGAUGCUCGACCAUUACUUAAACAAUGUUUUGAAAACGCAACCGCAUUUGUACUGUGUACGUAAAUAAUGUGUGUAAUAAAACGCGUCACGACCUCAUGAAUUAUCUAUCGUCCCGAACUACCUUCCUUAAAUACUCAUCGAAACAUACAUUAUCUAAAUCAUGCGCAACAACGUAAUCUAAAACAGUAAAAUGGCUCCGCUGGUAUUAUUGAUCUCGCCUCUGCUAAUUCUCGUCUUCUUCUUCCUCCUCUUCAACACACAGAAAAAACUCGUAAAAAAAUCUCUAAAUCCACCACCGGGCCCUUCGGGCCUCCCUUUCAUCGGAAACCUCCACCAGUUCUGCAGUAACGCCGCCGCCCCACAUAUCUAUUUAUGGAAACUAUCGAAGAAACACGGCCCUCUCAUGUCGAUGAAGCUCGGUUCAGUCCCACUCGUGGUCGUUUCUUCUCCAGAAAUAGCAAAACAAGUCAUGAAAACAAAUGACCUAGCAUUUUGCAGCAGGCCGAAAGUUCUCGGGCAGUACAAAAUAUCCUACAACGGCUCCGACAUAGCUUUUGCCCCUUACAGCGAAACGUGGAGAGAAUUGAGAAAGAUCUGUGUUCUUCAUCUCUUGAGCAAUAAGCAGCUCCAAUCAUUCAGGCCCAUUCGCGAAGAAGAAGUCUUUCGUAUGAUCAAGAACCUGUCACUACUUUCGGACAACAACUCUGUCGUGAAUUUGACUGUUUUGAUGUUGUCCCUGACGAGCACUUUAAUCUGCCGGAUCGCGUUCGGCAGGAUAAACGACGAGGAAGAAUCGAGAAAACGGAGGUUCGAUGAACUCAUGAUUGAAGCUCAGGCCAUGCAGGGCGGUUUCUUUGUCUCGGAUUAUUUGCCUUCGUUUGGUUGGGUGGAUAAGUUAUCCGGAAUGAUUGAUAGGCUGGAUAGGGUUUUUAAAGACUUGGAUGAAUUCUUCGAGGGGCUGAUCGAGGAGCAUCUCGAUCAAACCGGGGUUAAAUCAAUCGCGGAUAAUCCGAAUAUCCUGGAUCUGUUUAUCCAGCUCAAAGAAGAGAAAUCGUCUUCGAUUGACCUAACUUGGGAUCAUGUCAAAGCAACAAUCAUGGAUAUAUUCGUCGCCGGAACGGACACCGGAGCAGCAACGAUAAUUUGGACGAUGACCGCCCUAAUGCAAAAUCCAAAAUCAAUGAAGAAAUUGCAGAACGAAAUCAGAGAUUCAAUUGGGGGAAAAGGCAGAGUAGACGAAGACGAUCUCCACAAUCUCCCAUACCUAAAAGCAACGGUGAAAGAGGCGCUGCGGCUGUACCCACCGGCGCCACUGCUAAUCCCGAGAGAAACAAUCGAAGAAUGCGAGAUCGAGGGCCACGUCAUCCAUCCCAAGACACUGGUGUACAUAAACGCGUGGGCAAUCGCGAGGGAUCCCGACCACUGGGAGCGCCCGGACGAAUUCGCGCCGGAGAGAUUUUUGAACAGCAGCGUCGACAUCGUCGGGCAGGAUUUUCAGGUGAUUCCGUUCGGGUCGGGCAGGAGGGGCUGCCCGGGAAUAUCGAUGGGACUUGCCACGGUGGAGCUCGCGGUUGCGAAUCUGGUGUACUCGUUCGACUGGGGAUUGCCGGAGGGGAUGAAGAAGGAAGAUAUUGAUACUGAUGUUUUGCCCGGCGUUACUAUGCAUAAGAAAGUUCCUCUUUGCCUUGUGCCUACUAAAUAUGUUUAUUCUAUUUCAAAUUAUUAAAUUGUAACCCUCAAAUUAUUAUCUAUAUGGCGGGAGAGAUUAGCUAUGAUUAAUUAAAUAAUGAGUAAAUCCCACUUUAUCGCCUUGUACUUUGGUUGGAUAUCACUUUACUCCAUUGUACUCUUAAUUGAAUCGAUUUACCCCCUUGUACUCUGGUUCGAUAUCAUUUUAUCCCCUUCUACUCUCAAUUUAUCAAUUUGCCCCCUUCUAC